AUGCUGAACCCGUCGGGGCAGCUGGUGGGGGUGAUCGGCGUGUCGGCGGACAUCAGCGACAUCAAGCGCAAGGAGGGCAAGAUCCGCGCGCUCAACGCAGCGCUGGAGGAGCGCCUUGUGGAGCGAACGGAGCAGCUGCAGCGUAACAACGAGGCGCUGCGGCGAGAAUGGAGGCGCUCCUGUCUGCGGGGGGCACCUGCAGCGAUGCAUCAAGGUGAGGGGCGGUCAUGUCACGAGUUACUACAUCCACCUUCGUUAGACUUGGAGCAAUUGAGCAGCCGCAUAUCACAGCAGACGCUGGUGCUGGAGCGGAUGGUGGCGGAGCUGCGCGAGUCGCGCAUGGAGGCGGAGUCCGCCAACCGCCUCAAGUCGUGGUUCCUGGCGUCCAUGAGCCACGAGAACCGUACCCCCAUGCAUGACGCGACUGCUGCUGUUGACGCUGCCGUCGGAGGAGCAGCAUGGCUUCGUGGAGACGAUCCGCAGCAUGGUGCAUGUAGAGACCACGAUGCUAGCGCGCAUGAGAUGCCAGUUCUGGACGGAAUCUAA